AUGAUCAAGUCAGCCACGCCGCAAUCUUCGAAACUUCGUCGCGUCCCACCGACCUCUGUGAUCAAGUCAACCACACCGCAAUCUCUGAAACGUCUAACAUACUUCGUCAUCUGUCCCGACAGCCUUGCCUUAGGUCCAAUGUCUCAGGGUGUCAGAAUUGUCAGGGAUCUCCGUGAUAAAAUUUAUGAGAAGCACAAGCUGCUGCGUGACGAGUACAAUGUCGGCGCGCUUGUCUUGUACAAGAAGCCUGAUAAUUUGACGAUAAGGGGCGAUGGAAAGCUUAUUGAUAGAGCAACGGGUAGUAUAACUACGAAGAUCCUCUUGAUGGUCCUGAUGAUGAAGCAAACGACAUUUUUGGACAAGACUCCAGGCCCAUGUGGUAGUCAAAACGGCCAAUACAGAUGCGCAAUACUUCUUUGUUCACACAUUGUUGACUUCUCAGUAUGCUCCGCCUAUCCAACAGUCUCUCUUAUCACUGAGAAGGAUCCACUUUACGGCGGCUUGGCCAUCAUCCGCAACCACCUCUGGGGAAAUGAGGGUCGCUUGCGUGGACUCAUUACUCGCUCCUCGAUCCACGUACCCGACCUUGAUGAUCUCAAUAACAAAUCUCAAGAAUCUAAGCCAGAGGACGUCACGAUGGGUGACGCUACGGCGAAAACUGGAGCACUGUUCUACAACCUGAUGGAGAUCCCGAACGUGCCGUGGAAUAUAUCCGAGGUGCUCGAAAUGAGAUUUUUAUGUGCGGAACGAAUACAACGAGCUCGAUGCAUUCGUGGAGGAGCAGAGACAAUCAGAUAUCGCUGGGUUCCAUCGGCGCAGACCGAUUUUGCUUAA